AUGCUUUUAUCUAUAAACUCUGACACAAGAACGGUGUACAAAUUUUUGUUACGUUAUUCCUUAUGGAAGAGCUUUGAGCAUCCUGGGGACACAUUCUUACCAGGAGCAGAGUUGGGUCGUAAUGUCAAAACUGGGGAGAGUUUUGUGUUGACUUCGUGGAAUAGCAAUAGUGAUCCUUCAGUUGGAGAUUUCACUUUUGGAGUUUCCAAAACGAAACCACCAGAAGUUUCCAUUUGGAUAAACGGAUCGAAGGUACUAUGGAGAAGUGGACCAUGGGCUAAAAUUAAGUUCACGGGUAUACCAGACAUGGAUCCAAAUUAUGGAAGUCCUUCCAAUCUCGUAGAAGAAGCAGAAGAAGGAACGAUACGUCUCCGUUUUAAUUGGGACUACAACAACUCGGCUGUGGGAAUAAUUUUCAUCACAUCUACAGGUGUUCUAACACUUGAGGCAAAAGAAAUAGAUAAAGGCAACGACUGGUAUACGGACUGGGUGGCACCAGCGACUCGCUGCGAUGUCUAUGGAGUUUGUGGACCUUUUGGGGUAUGCAACGAGUCUGUGUCUCCCAUUUGCAAGUGUUUGAAGGGUUUUGAACCAAAAUCAUUUGAAGAGUGGAGCAAAGGAAAUUGGACUGGAGGGUGCCUGAGACGGAACCAAUUAAGUUGUGACAAAAACACCACUGGUUUAGCCUCACAAAGAGGUAAAAACGAUGGAUUUUGGAAGAUAGGUAAUGUGAAACUUCCCGAGUUAUAUGAAUAUGAGAUUGACUAUUCUGAUAAGGAGAGCUGUCAAAACUGGUGCCUGAAUAAUUGCUCUUGCAUAGCUUAUGCAUAUGUAGAAGGAAUAGGGUGUUUAGUCUGGUACAAAGGCCUGAUUGACAUUAGUCCCUAUGAUGCAGAAGACCUUUUCCUUCGCCUUGCUGACGCAGAAAUAGAUGGAGGAGCAGGACAUAAAGUUAAGAAGAUUAUCAUCAGCCUUGCAACUCUUUCUACUGUUGGGACAAUAGCAGUCAUAGUAUUAUGUUUGCAGAGACGGAGAGAUAGAAAAAAGGGAAACACUAUGGAGACCACAGAGCACAUUGACUUUGGCACCAUUUUACAUGUGACAAACAACUUCAGCCCAACGAACAAACUUGGGCAAGGAGGAUUUGGUUCUGUUUACAAGGGAAAAUGUCCGGAUGGGAGGGAAAUAGCAGUUAAAAAACUCUCUAGUAGCUCAGGGCAAGGCACAGAAGAAUUCAAGAAUGAGUUGAUAUUGAUCUCAAAACUCCAACACAGAAAUCUUGUUAGGCUCUUGGGCUACUGCAUUGAGAAAGAAGAGAAAUUACUAGUUUAUGAGUUCAUGCAAAAUAAAAGCCUGGACAAUUUCAUCUUUGAUCCAAGAGGAAGAGAACAGCUGAACUGGGGUACUCGGGUGAACAUCAUACUAGGAGUUGCUAGAGGUCUUUUAUAUCUCCAUCGUGACUCAUCUUCAAGAGUGAUACACAGAGAUUUAAAGGCCAGCAACAUUCUUUUAGAUGAGAAGAUGAACCCAAAGAUAUCAGACUUUGGAUUGGCUCGCAUUUUCGAAGGAACACUGGAUCUCGCAAAUACUCAAGGGGUUGUUGGAACUUUAGGCUACAUGUCUCCUGAAUAUGCCAUGGGUGGAGUCUUUUCAGAAAAAUCAGAUGUCUUUAGCUUUGGCGUAUUGAUCUUAGAGAUAGUUAGCGGCAAGAAGAACUCUAACUUCCAUUAUUAUGAGAAACCUCUUAGCCUUAUUGCUCAUGUGAGUUCAAGUUAUAAUAUUUUUUUAGAGUGUCGUUGUUUGAUAUUUAAGAUGUAACACUUUCUUAUAAUAAUUAUUAAAUUAAAUUAAGUAGGACUUAAUAUUAAAUUUCACUGGUUACAACUUUUUCUGAUGUUGGGUGUGACUAACCCUUCUUUUUUAUAUUUUUCAAGGAGACUAGAUAGUAGAUACGAGUAUGACUAUACGUCAAUAUAAAAGGGGCAAUGUCCCACGUCUUUUUAUUGGAGCUAUGUCUGAGAAUAAUAACUAUAAUAACUGUGGAGUAAAUUCCCUCAUGAGCUGUCAAAACCAGAAACAAACAGAACAUCAGUUACAACCAACUCAGCAAGUCUCUAGACACAACAUCUAAUUAACCCAACCGUUUACAACAACAAUUUUUUUUUUCUUUCAUGUAAAAGGGAAAGAAAGGGGCUGUGAGUGUGAGGCUUGACCAUUCUUGUAAAAGGGGUUCAGCUUUUGGUUGACUCUUGAGAAGAAAAAGAUACAGAGAGAGUUUGUAAGAAAGGGGUUUAUUUUGUAAGGGUUCUGAAAAGAAAAGAAAUACAGAAAACGAAAAGAAAAACUGAGAGAAGGAAGGAAGGAUUACCUGUCGAUACUGUGGCAUGGAUUCCUUGAUCAUUGAUGUACCAAAUUGAAUGUCUAGUGCAGAUCUGAGCUUCCCUGAGGAGAGCUCAACGAGGUCGUAACCCAGAUUGGGGUGAACCUCGAUAAAAUUGUUGUCUUGCAUCCUCUCUUUAUUUUUCUUUCUUCUGAUUGCUUGAACUUGUUGAUUGCUUCUGAUUUCUGAAUGGUUUGUGCAUGAGUUCUCGAAGUCUUGUUCAACUCUGCAUAGAUAAAAGUCAGGUAAAAGGUUUUAAUCUAUUAGCUGAAUAUUCAUUGAACUCUGUGGUCAUUUUGGUCCACACGCGUGAUUGUUGAAAGGUCAUUUGUGACCUUGGUUUUGCUAAUGUGUCUGUGAGUUGGUGUAGGGCAGAAAAGUAAUUUUCCUUCCUACAAUAACGUAUGUGGAAAACCAGGUGGAGUCAAGCUUCCCUUUGAGAAGAGAAGACCUAUGGUGGUGAUAGUUUUAUAGUAGACUUGUCUAUAUAUGUCAUUUUAUCUUGAUUCUCGUUCUAAUCCACAAGAUUGAUGAUG